AUGCUAUCAGAAUCAAACUUUGUAAUUAAAAAAUACUUAGAAUCAGAAAGAGCAAACUAUAGAUUUUCUAUUGUCAAUAUUCAAAAUGGCAAGAGAGUAAUAAUUGGAACAAUUUUUAAUGGUCAAGUUAAUCUAUUCAAAACUCCACUACUUCCAGGAAAUGCAUAUGAUUUUCCUGAUUCAAGCAAUUCAAAGAUAAAAAUAUCAAUUUCUGAUGGCAUUGCAAACUAUGAUGGGGUUAUUCACAGAGGCACUUGAAUUAUAAGGAUUCCAACGCUAUACGCAAUCAAUUAUGCGAACAAAACAAACCUAAUUAAAAAUUUUUCAUUAGAACUGCAUGAAACUGAUUGCAGUGCAGAGUAUUAUGAGCACGAUUUUUCAUAUAACUGCUUUUUAAAGCAGAAAGUAAACUUUGGAGUCGUUUUUAUACCUUCAAUUCAUGAUGAAGUAUACUUAGGGACUAUUAGUGAUUUCAGAGAAAUGGGAUUAAAAAUUCCCGUACUUGGGGAUUUUUGUCUUUAUCCUGCUCUUAAUGACCAAAUUCAAUUCCCUGAAUUUGCCCGGGUGGUAAAAGGUUUUGAGCUCCAUUCCACCACAAUGAGGAUUUUCGGUUGGAAAAAUGUGGUUGUCAUGUAUGAAAACACGACCUUAGGAAUUACCCUAUACAAAGGGUUUAUGAAUGUAGCAAAUGUAAAUGGGAUAAAAGUCCUAAAUGAUGAAGAUAAGAGGAUGGUCAAGGCUUCUUAUUCUCUUAAAGAUUUUGAAGAAUAUAAAGGCUAUCUUACCCAUGCGAUCCAAACAAAUGGAAGAAUAUUUGCCCUUUUCGUAUUUGUUGAUCUUUCGAGCCAUUUCUAUUUAACAUCCCACUUAUAUGAUUUAGGAUUGAGAAGGGGGGAUGCUAUUUUUUUGUUGUACCAGACUGUUUCGUGGUUUCCCUACUAUGCAGUUGGCUUAGAAGCAGAAGUUAUUUCUAAAUGUGAAGAGUUAUAUUAUGGAUCACUAUAGUUUGUGACUUUCAUUGACUGUAUAAGAACGAUACCUUGCAUGCUGAAUUAAAAGGAUACACCAAAUUUCUGAAAAAAUAAAUAUUAGAAUAGAAAUUUAAUUUUGAGAUCGUUAUAAUUGCAGGAAAUUGGCAAUAUUCAGCAAUAAUAAGCUUAAAGCUAUAACUUUUUUCCAAGCUGAGUGGGUUGGAGAUUUUGGGAAGCAAGCUUAUGAAGGCAUCAAAAAGUAA